GUUUUGCAAGAAGGACUGUAGCUUCGGUUCUGUGUCGUUCAUACUAAACUACAUGAUUCACAGUUUCAAAGAUUCAACAUGAUGAGGUAUUGGGGAGAGAUCCCGGGACCGGCUGCCGCCCCUCCUAGCCGCAGCUCCUUUGACCUGCUACAGCGCGAGUUUCGCUCCGUGGAGGUGCAGGACCCACCACUCCACCAGCCGUCCGCCCAGCGUCCCCGACCCACCACAAUGCUGGACAUCCCGUCCGAGCCCUGCAGCCUCACCAUUCACACAGUACAGCUCUGCCAGCAUGUCCGCCGCCUCCGUAGCCUGCUGACAGCUGCCCAGACACAGGGCUCAUCAACCUCUGAGGGCGGCAACAGACUCGAGGAGGCCGAUACAAACCUUCCCCUUCGACCCCCGACACCACCAGCCAUGCCAGACGACCUCUUGCCCCUGGACAGCAAAGCCCCUCGGCAGCCCUUCCAACUCCGCCACAGUGAUCCUGAAAGUGAUUUCUAUAUAGGCAAAGGCGAGCCGGUGACGGAGCUCAGCUGGCCGUCCUGCCGGCAGCUGCUCUACCAGUCGGUGGCCACGGUGCUGGCCCACGCCGGCUUCCAGUCGGCCCAGGAGAGCGUCCUGGAGACCCUCACCGACCUGGUGCACGAGCGCUACCUGCGGCUCGGCCGGCUGCUGCGCGUGGCGGUGGACCGGGAGGCGCGCGUGGGUGCCAGCCCCUUCCCCGACGUGGUGGAGCAGGUGUUCCACGAGGUGGGCAUCGGCAGCGUGCUGAGCCUGCAGCGCUUCUGGCAGGUGCGCAUCAAGGACUACCACAGCAACAUGCUGCAGGUGAGCAAGGACCUGGCCGAGGAGUAUGAGCGGCUGGUGAACCCGGAGAAGGCCCUGGAGGACUCCAAGCCCCCGCGGAUCAAGGAGGAGCCCCUGAGCGACAUCUCCUUCCCCGUCAGCGAGGAGCCCGAGGCCGACCCGGCGUCCGGGGACCAGGCCCUGCCCAUCGGUGUGCUCGGGGCCCACGGCGAGAGGCUCCCCGCGGGCCUGGACGGAGACCCCUCCCCACACGCCUCAGGCGGCGGCCGAGGCGGCAGUCCCUCUCUCUGGCCACACGUGAAGAUGGAGCCCCAAGAAGGGGAGGAGGGCCAGGGAGCCAACCACCACCACCACCAGCCCCAUCCCCACCCCCACCACCAGCCCCACCACCUGGGGGGGGACGUGUUUGAGGAGGGCGGGCCCAUGUCCACCAUGAGCGAGUCGGGCGGCGCCAUGGCGCCAUCCCCCACGGGCGGGGGGGCGGCGGCCUCGGACGGCAGCUACGCCUCGCACUCGCCCGACUCCCUGUUGGAGGCCUCGCCCGUCUUCAACCAGAGGCCCCGCAAGCGGGCCAAGAAGAUGUGAGGAUAAUCUCUGACGCACGCACGCACAGGCACACACACACACACACACACACACACACACACACACACACACACACACACACACACACACUUUGUCAACGGAGCUUGUCAAAGGCACUUGAGCUCCCGGCAAAGUCUGCCACGUCGGUCGAUCUGCCAUCUGACAAAUGGUGUGUCAGGCGGGUAAGGAGCGUUUUGCCGCACCACCGCUCCAGAAGAGUCGGGUGGACGCCGCAGCGGUUGGUGAGGGGACGCUCCACCCUAUUAACACCGCACCUGGACGUGUGUAAGCCCUGCCAGGUGGUGAGGGGAACCCCAGGCCGUUACAGUGCAGAUCCACGAGGAGGUGGGACACACUAAAUCAUAAAAAGAGGGGGGGGGUGGGGCUUAUUAAGUAUGUUGUGCUUCUUUUUUUUUUUUAUCUUGUGUUUGUAAAUGCAAUGUAUGAUCUAUGUUCAGCGUUUUGUAGUGGAAUAUAGGGUUUGUGAUUUACAACUGAAAGUGUACUUUUUUCAAGUUUGAAAUCUAUAGAUGAAAUAUCCGAUGACUAGCCUAUGAAUCACCAUGGGUUGUUUAUUUCAUGAGCAUCUCACACCUCGUUUCUACACCAAACUUGUUUGUUUCAUGCAGCAUGCAGUAUAUCUUUAACGGCGUUAGCUUCUGCUGCUGAGUGCCUAGCUAUAAACACUCAGGAUGGCGGCAUCUGUUGUUGCAAAUAAGGAAAGCUGUGAAUGCAGCUCCACAGUCUGUAAUGGCUUGGUUAUCUGCAUCAUAAAGACGACAUUAAUCCUGCGGUAAUGGCUCAUUAAUUACAGCAUUAAUACAUUUGGCAUGCAAAAUUAGCAAGCGCUUUUUAAAAGACUUCUCUUACUUAUCAAUUUGAGCGAUAGACGGGUGCGUCCCUUUGACCCUGAGGACAAACAGAUUUGGUUGUUAUGAGUGCUUAUCUGUUGUCCUUCCACAUUUGUAUUGAAUUCAUUUGAAAUGAUGUUUAUUUGCACUGUCCCUAUGGUGCUGCGGCUGAAAUCCAUUAAAACAUUUUCCACUUAUUAUUAGUUUCCAGAGAAGAUCAAAAUGCAGCCUUCAGUCUGUGGUCGCCUGUCCUUUUUAUGUAAAUCUCCCUUGGCGAAAUCAAAUUAGACUCCAUAUUGUGUACAAAGCUGUGUUCGCAAAUGGGGCGAAGAAGGGGUGGGGUGGGGACACAUUGUGUCCCCACCCCCACCCCUACACAUUGUGUCCCCACCUGUGGGCUGUGUUUAUAAGAAAGCCACAGUGUUUCGUUUAAGGCUUGUUCCUCGUAUUAAGGUAAAGGGGUGGGUGCCAGCAAUUAAUCAUAACGCUCACUAUGUGGGGCGGAGGGGGGGUUACUACCUACCGCUGGAAUCUAAUCUGUCCAGCAGUGUUUCGGGAAUGUGGUAAGCGUAAGAAUUGUGUCAAAUUGAACUAAUGAGGAACGAGGGGAGGCGAUGAUUCAGGUAGAGCUGUCGGUAGGGGGACAAAUUAGAGCAGAAACAGCAGCGUCAUGGAAACGGGAGUAAUGUGUGUGUCUUUAUUUCUCUGAUGAUUUGGCGAUUUGAGCUUCCGUGUAAGCAUAAUUAAACCACAAUUAGGUUGAUGGCUUCCUCGAGGUGCUGCAUCUCUCAAGGAACUUUAUUUGUUGUGAUUAUGUAAAUCGCUAACAAAAAGGUUUUGGGCUAAAUAGAAAAGCAUACAAGGAGGAGGUAAUACCAGCGGCAAUUAAAUGGCUGUACGCAUGGGAUACCACAAGUAAUAAAGAAAUCAUGUUCUACCGGCUGUCGCUAUUUUAGCUUGUGAGAUGCCAUUCAUGGUGGUUAAUAAAUGAUAUACUAGGAUAGGCUACCAGCCUUACCGUAAUAGUUGCCCGCAAUCCAUCCAUUUGCCAUUGAAUAAACUAUAUUCCAACUGUAGUAUAAAUAAAAAACAAUACUUUUUUUCUCAAGGGAUUUCAAGACGACGGCAUUAAAAGAUCUAGACACAACCUCUACUAUUCCACUGGAUGGCACCAUUGUGCUACCAACAUCCUCGACAAUGGCCUACAAAUCUAUAUUCUGGUCUAGGGAGAAAAGUAUCAACCUUCUGGUUAACACUGUAAUGGGCACUCCCCCAAACUCCCCAACUACCAAAGGAGGCACCCGUGUGAAGCCUCUCAAUGGACAUCAUGUGUUUAUCUAUCGAUGACGUUGGCUGAUUCUUGAUGAAUGGACACAUUUCAUUAACAAAGAAAGACUAGCCUUAUUUUGUUUUAAUUGACCAUACAUUUUUCAAUGAAUGAAUGUCGCCAGAAACUGCUAGCACGUAUCACGCAGAAUAUCUUGUUAGUAAUUCUGCUCCCAAUACCAUUAUCUAUUCUAGUGACGAUGACGAUUGAUGAUUCUAUAUAUACCAGAGGUGAUGAGUGAGCCAGAUGCAUCGUUGUUUAUUUGAUAGAGGUGGCUCUUUGAAUCAGUGUUUUACUUGUAAUUGUUUUGCCGUUUUAGCAACUUGAAUUUGAGGGGGUUUCUCCACUACUUUAUUGCAACAAAGGUCAAGCAUAACCAAUUAAGUGUUGCAUCUCCAAGCUAGGUAGCAAGAGAGAUCACAAAAAUGCAUAACAAGUAAUUAGAUGGCCUCUUGGUGCUCUACUCCCCCACGUGUGUGAAGUGAUAUGCAACUGCUUGUGGUGUACUCACGUUCAGGCUCUAAGUGAAGGGCCCGUUAGAUUAUAUAAUAAACAGCCCCCCUUUCUCCGAUCUUAAUAUGCGACACAAUUAUUUUCAAUACAAUCUCCUAGUCCCACGGUCCCGAUUUAACUGACCGCGAGUAAUACAUGCACUGGAUUGGACCUUGGAGUUGGCCGCAGAGCAACUCCCUCUACAUUCACGCCCAUGGAAACACACACACACACACACACACACACACACACACACACACACACACACACACACACACACACACACACACACACACCAAAGGCGCAGCAAUGAACACAAAAAGAGCAGCAAUGAACGCACCCUCUCUGACCCCUAUAGGUGUCUCUCCAUUUCUCUCUCCCACUCUCUCACAGAGACAUGCACACACACGCGCACACACAUACACACAUGCGCACACACACCUCAUCUAAGUGAUUGGGUGGAAGAUGGAUGGGAGGUUCGGAGAAGAUGGACAGUCAGUCCUCAGUGUCAGAGGACCUGACGCAGUGUAUAGGACAUAGUUCCAUCAUGUCCCGUAGACGCCCUGCCUCACCAAAUCAAAUAAAGGCUAUUUGACUCUCAAGGGCCCUGUUUGACGCCGAUAAGAACUUGGU